AUGGCGCCCGCAGCAUCAUCAGGCGGCAAGAAGCAAAAGAAGAAGUGGUCCAAGGGAAAGGUCAAGGACAAGGCCAACCACGCCGUUGUCUUGGACAAAGCCACCUCCGACAAGCUCAACAAGGACGUUCAAUCAUACCGACUCAUCACCGUCGCUGUUCUCGUUGACAGACUGAAGAUCAAUGGCUCGCUAGCACGAAAGGCGCUCGCCGAUCUCGAGGAACGAGGUGUUAUUCGCAAGGUUGUGGCACACCACACCGGUGGCAUCUACACGAGAGCGGCUGCCGGCAGCGACUAA